ACGCAGAGUUAGUCAAGUUGCAGUCACUUGCUGUAGUUUCUGUUGGUUUAUUAAAAUAAGACAGUAGGCACAUUAAAGAGAGAGAAAAAGCCGAAGAUGCGACGGAAACAGAAGAGAUUACUGCAGAUCGCAGUGCUGCUCAUUGUGGCCUUUCUGUUCUUGCCCAAUGUUGGUUUAUGGUCCGUGUAUCUGGACCGAAUGUUUGACAGCUCCGCGCAGGCGGCGGACGGAGGACUCUCACACAUUCAGAGAAUAAACAGACAUGAGAUACAGAAUGCUGGUGUUGGGAAAAGAGACUGGCACGACUAUGCAACUAUUAAGAGUGAUGCUGCACGCUCAGGUGUUGGGGAGCAGGGCAAGCCUUACCCAUUGACUGACUCUGACAGAGUAGACCAGGCGUACCGGGAAAAUGGAUUUAACAUAUUUGUCAGUGAUCGUAUUGCCCUAAACAGAUCCCUGCCUGAUAUCAGACACCUAAAUUGCAAGUUGAAGCUGUAUGCAGAAAAACUUCCCAAUACAAGCAUCAUCAUCCCCUUCCACAAUGAGGGCUGGUCAUCACUGCUGCGCACAGUACACAGUAUUCUCAACCGCUCGCCACCACAACUCAUCGCUGAGAUCAUACUCGUGGAUGACUUCAGUGACAAAGAGCAUCUGAAAUCCUCUCUGGAGGAGUACAUGGUACAGAUACCAAAGGUGCGUAUUCUUCGUACCAAGAAGCGUGAAGGUCUGAUCAGGACUAGACUGUUGGGCGCUGCCGCUGCCAAAGGGGAUGUCAUUACAUUUCUAGACUCUCACUGUGAGGCCAAUGUCAACUGGCUGCCCCCUUUACUGGAUCGCAUUGCCCUGAACCGGAAGACAAUAGUGUGUCCAAUGAUUGACGUGAUUGACCAUGAUAACUUUGGCUAUGAGACUCAGGCCGGAGAUGCCAUGCGUGGGGCUUUUGACUGGGAGAUGUUCUACAAACGCAUCCCAAUUCCAUCCCAACUACAGAGAUUAGACCCCAGUGACCCUUUUGAGUCCCCUGUAAUGGCAGGCGGUCUCUUUGCUGUAGACCGGAGGUGGUUCUGGGAACUGGGAGGAUAUGACACUGGACUGGAGAUAUGGGGAGGAGAACAGUAUGAGAUAUCAUUUAAGGUAUGGAUGUGUGGUGGCCGUAUGGAGGACAUUCCGUGCUCAAGAGUGGGCCACAUAUACAGGAAAUAUGUUCCCUACAAAGUACCGGGUGGAGUGAGUCUCGCUAGAAACUUAAAGCGUGUAGCCGAGGUGUGGAUGGAUGAGUAUGCAGAGUAUAUCUACCAGCGCAGACCAGAAUAUCGGCAUCUCUCUGCUGGUGAUGUAGCUGUGCAGAAGGAAUUGAGGAACAGGCUGAACUGCAAAAACUUCAAAUGGUUCAUGACAGAGGUGGCGUGGGACCUACCCAAACACUAUCCACCCGUGGAACCUCCAGCAGCAGCAUGGGGCGAUUUGCGUAAUGUUGGCAGUGGUCUUUGCAUGGAGAGUAAACACUUUUCCUCUGGUUCCCCAAUCCGUUUGGAGAAAUGUCUGAAAGGAAGGGGGGAGCCGACCUGGAGUCAUGGUCAGGUCUUUACGUUUGGUUGGAGAGAAGAUAUACGGGUAGGAGACCCAUUGCACACUAAGAAGGUCUGCUUUGAUGCCAUCUCCCAUAACAGCCCUGUUACACUGUAUGACUGCCAUGGCAUGAGAGGAAACCAGCUGUGGUCAUAUAGAAAGGAUAAGAGCAUAUAUCACCCCAUCAGUAACAGCUGCAUAGACUCCAAUGCUGCAGAGAAGAGGGUUUUUAUGAACUACUGUGACCCGACCUCACCAAGUCAGCAGUGGCUAUUCGAAAACACCAAUGCCACUGUUCUAGACUCUUUUCAUCACAAACGCAGUGCAUAACACUUGGAACAUGAGAAUAUUAUCAAGGUGGUGGUAAACUGGUGAGAGAUUUGGAAUUUUGGAUUGUGGCAUUGCUUACUGAAGCUGAAAUUCUGUGCCUUUAUUGAACUGAUGUAUGUCUGAAAACUGUAUUCUGAACCUUUGCACUCUGAAGGCGUCAUCCCUCUUUUCACACUUCUGCUUCAAAUGGACAAAAAUUUAGGACAGCUUUCCUCCAUCCUACUGUGCACUUUCCCCCUUGAAUUCUCAUAGCAAUGCUGCUGAAACCCCAAUUACCUAUCACUGUUAAACAGACAGGAGGGAAUCAGUCAUGAUAAACUGUAAAAUCAGCUCGUUGUACUCGUGUUUAGUUCAAAUAAUUAUGUUCCAGGCUCUGUGCUAAUUAAUAACAGUGCUUGCAAGGCAGCACUGUAUUGAUAUUCCUCAAACAUUCUGGUUAGAGUUUGUCCUAAACCCCAACAAUAGCUUAAACUUAUGCAAUUAAUUCAGCCCAAAGCGCUUAAUGUACAGACUCCAUUCAAACGUAGUUUUGUUGAUAAUUUAAAAUGUUCUGUAUUUUUUGUUUUUCCUUUGGUUCAAAUUAAGAACUUUUUCUAUCAAAAAAUUAAGCUUUUAUAGAACAUAAACUGACAGUGAUUAUGUCAGCAUAAUAUUUGCUUACCGAAUUGUGAUUGGUCUUCCUUGCCUAUACAGUGGCCCAAAAAGUACUUGGACUCUUUUGGACACCUUUGUCACUUUGUCAGGAAUUUCAUGUGUGGCAUAUGCAAACAAAUAACACUAGAGCUUUUCUCAGAACUAACUCUGAGAAAACUCUGAGCCCAAGCUGAUUCUAAUGGAUGUAUGUUUUGACAACCAGAAAAUCUCCCAGUACUUUCUUAAUUUUGAACAAUAUAUCUAAUUUUAUAUAACCAAACCUAGCAAAGUUCUCUUUGUAAAGCUGUUUUGCUUUUAAGUGUGCUUGUGUAAUCUUUCUUUAAAAUUGCACUUGCUGUGAUAUUUUGUUAUACUGUAUAAUGCAAACACAUUCAUACAGUUUUUCGUGUGUCAAAAUACUUUUUGGGGCCACUGUAUUUAACCGUUUAAUUUACACUGCAAAUACACUAUGCGUUUUGUAUUCUUGUGCAUACCUGACUGAAAAGAAAAGUGCUAUGCAGUUCUGACAUGGCAAUUCUUUUACAUAGUACCAAAGCCUAAAUCUUUAGUAUAGCUCUAAUGCAUAUUACAAACACAAUGCUGAAUUUGCUGUGCCUUGCUGACAGAUCAUAGUGUAAUGCCAACACAGAUGCUUCUCUAGUUUUGUACAUCUAUUGAGAGUAUUUGAGAAGUUAGUGAUUUGUCUGUGUCUGUCCUGUUUUUAUCAUUCAGUUUAUCUAUCAAGAACUUUUCAAAUGUUUGUUUGUCCAGAACCUAUUUUAAUAUAUUAGUGUAUUUUUUUUUUUUUUGUUUUUUUUUUUUUUUUUUUUUUUUUUUCUGUGAGGCCAGGGUUUAAUAAAAAAUAAUGAUAUUACUGUUUUGGGUGGACCAAUGUUUCAAAAUGCACAUGUAAAUAAUUGAGCAAAUUGGGCUUUAGGAGUCUGUGGUCUAAUAUUGUGUUUUGUUUGAAACUAAGUGUUGUAAGAUUAGCUUUUGGGUGCAUCAUUGUGUAAAAUAUCUGCAUUAUUUGAAUACUAAAUAAUAUUGACACAGAGUUGGAUGUAGUAAAUUUUGGUAUGGUGGAAUGGAAUGGUACACUUAUAUGGAAUGGUAGUAUCUUUAUACUGUAAGUUUAUAUGCACAUAUUGAUAAUCAUUUAAUUUGAAGAGUGAUAAUCUAGUAGAUUGUAUGUUCUGUUUACUUCUGGUUUUGAUUUAUUUUCUUUCAAGUUAUAUUAACUAUGGUAUGUCUCAUUUAUAUCAGCUCUGACAGUUGUUUAAAUGAAAUGUAAAACUAUUUUUCAGUCACAGAAAAAUAAGUAGACCUUUUUUUUUUGUUUCAGAACAUCUGUUCUGGACUCUUCUGAAUUUUAAUGCAGAUAAUGCAAAGAAAAAUAAAUAAUUUUAGGGAUGAUCAUUUUAUUCUAUAACAGGAUUGGUGAUCUUGUGGGGGAAAUUAUGUUGCUGGAUCUUGAUAAUGAAUUACAUGUGAACAGUGUUGUAAGAGUCCUCUGUUCUGAAUCAUGGCAAUUCAGGACUUGAUUAAUUAAUUAAAUAGCUUUUUAGUCAUCUGCCAAUUACAGUUUUUCUCAACUGAUUUUACAAAUUACUCCAAAUUAAGGUCAUUGUUCUAAAAACAAUUCAUACAGCCAAUUUUCUUGAUUUGCAUAAUUUUCUCAAAAUAAUACACACAAAUUACUCUGAUCCAAGGUUCAUGUUUACAAAACAAACACAAGCUAAUAAACUAAAGCCAUAUUCUCAAAUGCACAUGGCAUGUUGUCAAAUGGCAUCAUAUUGAUAUCUGCUGUGUGUAAAAUAUUGGAAGUAGGUGGUUAGCUUUAAGACUAUUGGGAUGGUGUGUCUAUUAAACACUAUCAGCCUCAUUCAUGAAACAUGAGCAGCAUAAAUUGUUGUGAAUCGGUUGUAAAGCUGUUGUGUUGUAAAUUCUUAUUUUAAAUUCAUAUUUUCAAAGUGUUAGUUCAUACAAACAAAAUUUACACCUGCUUCUUUCCAUAUGUAAAUCGUGCGUAAAACAUCCAAACGUUUUGUGUUCUUUCAGGCAAACUGCUAUGACUAUAUUUUGUUAGAAGUUAAAUGAAAUGAGUAAUACAAAAUUAACUAAUAAAUGAAUGAGUGAAAAUAACCUUAAUAAAUAAACCUGAAUUUGUUAAAAAGAGUUUUGUAAAAAGUAAAUACAGUAUGUUGUAUAGCCUAUAUAUACAGUGGCUAAAAAACAAAUUUGUGAACCCUUUGGGAUUACGUGAUUUUAUGUAUAAAUUUGUCUUAAAAUCUGGUUUGAUCUUCAUCUAAGUUGCAAUAAUGAACAAACACAAUCUGUUUUAACUAAUAACACACAAAUUAUUGUAUUGUUCAUGUCCAUAUUGAAUACAUAAUUCAAACAUUCACAGUGUAGAGUCAGGAGUUGGCAAACCUGGCAUCCUAUUAAUGAAAUUGGAGGUGUGAGCCACCACUGCCCCAAAUACAUGCUGUAAAAUGUAAUUUGUAGCAUAUUCCAUUAAAUUACUCAAGGUCAGUAAUGUAUUCUAAAUACUUUGGAUUACUACUUCAGCACUGGUAGAUUUUUUCACUUGUUUUGACUAUAAUAACUCCGGUACAGUAAGACAAAAUACA